AUGCGCUUCUCAACCAUCGCAUCCACUCUGGCUACCGCUUCCAUUGCCUCCGCCCGCAUCGUUGGCGUAGCUACCCCCUCGACACUCGCCCCCAACGCCACAUUCCCCAUCACUCUCAUCAACGAAAACUACAUCCAAGCGGUAUCCGAAAUCGCCGCAGCCUGGGGUUUCGAAACACCGGCCCGAGCCUUCCCCUACACACUCGGCCAAAGCGGCACCGCUAGCUCUUACCUGGGCCCCACGUUCAGCACCUCGCUGGAGAAUGUGACGCUCGUAGGGACGGUACCCGGACAUCUCGAGAAUGGUAGCGACUAUGUGUUUAGCGUUGCUGUGAUGAGCUUGUAUGGUGCGAGUCACGGGCCCAUCACUGAGAGCUGGAACGUCACGGUGAAGAUUGGGCAGGAUCAGGAUGAUGAGGAUAUUGUGGCGAGCAGGCAGUUGGGGUGGAAGCAGACCACAGCUUAG